AUGGCGAGCAAGCGAAAAUCCACAACCCCGUGCAUGGUUCGGACAUCACAAGUAGUAGAACAAGAUGUGCCCGAGGAAGGAGACAGGGCCAAAGAAAAAGGAAACAGCACAACACAGCCUGAAACAACCAAGGACAGUUGGACAGUAGAACCCGAGAACUCUUCCAAAGAAAAUGAAGUGAUAGAAGUGAAAUCUACAGGGGAAAACCAAUCCAAAAAACUCCAAGGUGGUUAUGAAUGCAAAUACUGCCCCUACUCCACGCAAAACCUGAACGAGUUCACGGAGCACGUUGACACGCAGCACCCCAACGUGAUUCUCAACCCCUUAUACGUGUGUGCCGAAUGUAACUUCACAACCAAAAAGUACGACUCCCUGUCUGACCACAACUCCAAGUUCCAUCCCGGGGAGACCAACUUCAAGCUGAAGUUAAUCAAGCGCAAUAAUCAAACUGUCUUAGAGCAGUCCAUCGAAGCCACCAACCACGUCGUGUCCAUCACCACCAGCGGCCACGGAAGCGGCGACGGUGAUCCCGGAAUCUCAGUGAGUAAAACCCCCAUCAUGAAGCCAGGGAAACCAAAAGCCGAUGCCAAGAAGGUGCCCAAGAAGCCGGAGGAGGCCACGCCCGAGAACCACGUGGAAGGGACUGCCCGCCUGGUGACAGACGCGGCUGAGAUCCUCUCGAGACUCGGAGGCGUGGAGCUCCUCCAGGACACAUUAGGGCACGUCACGCCUUCUGUCCAGCUCCCACCAAAUAUCAACCUUGUCCCGAAGGUCCCCGUCCCGCUGAAUACUACCAAAUACAACUCUGCCCUGGAUACGAAUGCCACCAUGAUCAACUCCUUCAACAAGUUCCCUUACCCGACCCAGGCCGAGUUGUCCUGGCUGACAGCUGCUUCCAAACACCCAGAAGAGCACAUCAGAAUCUGGUUUGCCACACAGCGCUUAAAGCAUGGCAUCAGCUGGUCCCCGGAGGAGGUGGAGGAGGCCCGGAAAAAGAUGUUUAAUGGCACCAUCCAGUCAGUACCCCCCACGAUCACCGUGCUGCCGGCCCAGCUGGCGCCCACAAAGAUGUCACAGCCCAUCCUCCAGACAGCUCUGCCGUGCCAGAUUCUCGGCCAGACCAGCCUGGUGCUGACUCAGGUGACCAGCGGAUCAACAACGGUCUCCUGCUCCCCCAUCACGCUUGCCGUGGCCGGAGUGACCAACCAUGGCCAAAAAAGGCCUUUAGUGACUCCCCAGGCCGCCCCCGAGCCCAAGCGUCCACACAUCGCUCAGGUGCCAGAGCCCCCGCCCAAGGUGGCCAACCCUGUGCUGACGCCAGCCAGUGACCGCAAGAAGACAAAGGAGCAGAUUGCGCAUCUCAAGGCAAGCUUUCUCCAGAGCCAGUUUCCUGACGAUGCUGAGGUCUAUCGGCUCAUCGAGGUGACCGGCCUUGCCAGGAGUGAGAUCAAGAAGUGGUUCAGCGAUCACCGGUAUCGGUGUCAAAGAGGCAUCGUCCACAUCACCAGCGAAUCCCUUGCCAAAGACCAGUUGGCCAUCGCAGCCUCCCGACACGGCCGCGCGUACCACGCGUACCCGGACUUUGCCUCACAGAAAUUCAAAGAAAAAACACAGGGUCAGAUUAAAACCCUGGAGGACAGCUUUUUGAGAAGCUCUUUCCCGACCCAAGCAGAACUGGAUAGACUAAGGGUGGAAACCAAGCUGAGCAGGAGAGAGAUCGAAUCCUGGUUCUCAGAGAGACGGAAGCUUCGGGACAGCAUGGAACAAGCAGUCUUGGAUUCCAUGGGGACUGGCAAAAAAGGCCAAGAUGUGGUGGCCCCCAAUGGUGCUCUGUCUCGACUUGACCAGCUCUCCGGUGCCCAGUUAGCCAGUUCUCUGCCCAGCCCUUCACCAGCAAUUACGAAAAAUCAAGAACAGGUACAUCUCCUGCGGAGCACGUUUGCAAGAACCCAGUGGCCUACUCCCCAGGAGUAUGACCAGUUAGCAGCCAAGACGGGCCUGGUCCGAACUGAAAUUGUGCGCUGGUUCAAAGAGAACAGGUGCUUGCUAAAAACCGGAACCUUAAAGUGGAUGGAGCAGUACCAGCACCAGCAGAUAGGGGGAGAUCACGUUUACGACGCCCCACCAAGGAAACCAGUGAAAGCCGUCAUCACCGAGAGUCCAAAGAACGGAAGUGACGUGGGUCAGCAACAUUACAAGGACCCCAAAAAGCUCUGUGAAGAGGACCUGGAGAAGCCGGUACCCAGGGUGAAAGUGAGCAACGAGCAAGCCAAGGAUGGUGUGCCGGCCAAGCCUUCUGAAGCCACCUCGGACAGGUCGGAGGGCAGCAGCCGGGACGGCCAGGGCAGCGACGAGAAUGAGGAGUCGGGCGUUGUGGAUUGGGUGGAGGUCACGGUCGGAGAGGAGGACGCCAUCUCAGACAGGUCGGAUAGCUGGAGUCAGACGGCAGCCGAAGGCACCGCAGAACAGGCCGGCUCGGACUCCGACAGCAUCCCUGCCGAGGCUGGCCAGGCCUAA